AUGCCAAUUCCAUCAUUUACACAUCCUAGCAAAACCUUGAGAUCACAACCUGAUGAAAAGCAAGAAAAAACAAAAAUACCUGCUGAAAGUAAUGCUAGCAUUAGUAGUAAGUCGAGAAAGAUUGUUGAUCAAGAUUUUGCAGAAUUUCUUCCAAAGAGACAAAGCAGCAAAAAAUCAAAAGAAAAAUAUAUCAAUUUGGAUGUGUUGAAUGAUUAUGAAGCUGCCAAUCUAUAUAAAGUUAUGUUCCAAGCUGAUGACAAUGAUGUCAAAGGAAUUGCAAGUAAACAACCAUGUAUUAAAAAACCAGACCUUUUGGAAGAUGCAGUGGCACAAUUAUCCAAAACAUACCUUGCAGAAGCACUACUUGAAUGCAAUAUCUUGGUUGCAAUUAAGCAUUUGCUGGAACCUUUACCUGAGGUUAUACCCAAAAAUCACGAAUUGGUGCUUUUGCUAGAGUCGAGAAAGAUUGUUGAUCAAGAUUUUGCAGAAUUUCUUCCAAAGAGACAAAGCAGCAAAAAAUCAAAAGAAAAAUAUAUCAAUUUGGAUGUGUUGAAUGAUUAUGAAGCUGCCAAUCUAUAUAAAGUUAUGUUCCAAGCUGAUGACAAUGAUGUCAAAGGAAUUGCAAGUAAACAACCAUGUAUUAAAAAACCAGACCUUUUGGAAGAUGCAGUGGCACAAUUAUCCAAAACAUACCUUGCAGAAGCACUACUUGAAUGCAAUAUCUUGGUUGCAAUUAAGCAUUUGCUGGAACCUUUACCUGAAACUAUAAGACAAUUAGCUACUCAACUUGUAGAAAAGUGGAGUAGAUCAAUACUUGGAUUAAGUGAUGAUUAUCGAGAAGUAGCUCCUACACUAUCAAGAAAGUAUUAUAAAAAAGGUUUAGCUACAACAGUCAAUUUUAAUAGUAAUCAGACAUUUUCUUCAGACAUAAAUUCUAUAUCAUCAGUUCAACAACAAGAUGAUAGAGAAAAUUUACAAGAAAUUGAAGAUGAUGCUGAUAAAUUGAUAGAUUUAGCUGAUGUGGUUGAUAAUGAAGUUCCAAAUAUUUAA